AUGAGUUUACAAAAAAAAAAAAUGAAACCGAAACAGGGUCAGAAUCAUCAUCAGAGUCCUGGACCCAACUGGCAAGGAAAGGCUGUGGAUGAGAAGACCUCAGUGAGCAAGGCAAAGCAAACUUCUAAAGUAUCAUCUUCAGCACAUGUCAAACCUUUUGCUGGGAAAGUGUUUUACCUCGAUCUACAAUCCUCCAAAACAGCAGAGACACUGGAGAGAGACAUCAAGCAUCUGGGUGGGACUGUGGAGAAGUUCUUCAGUAAGGAAAUCAAGUAUCUGGUAUCCAACAAGCGGGAGGCAAAGCAUGUGCACUGCCUCAGACAGGACUCCCCUGUCCCCAGUCCCGACUCUGGACUGAGUUCCCCACACCCCCAUUCCAACCGACAGCCUUCUUCAAACAAUGUGGACAAUGUUAAAAGCAGACCUCAGGGUUCAGUGGAUACAGUGAUCAAGAGUCGAGGGAAAUCUCUGGUGGAAAGAGUCGUGACAGGGCAGGGAAGGGUACAAAUGGACAGAAUCCUGUCAAAUGCGCUGGAGUGGGGUGUCAAAAUCCUCUACUUGGAUGAUGUAUUGGUUUAUAUUCAGAAGAAAAAGAAAAUUUUCAGGAGCCAUGUCUCAAAAACUGCUGCUGAUAAAUUACAAGUGAAAGUUGAAGCUUCAGCAAAGGUUUUUCAGAAAUCAAAAGCGGGGCGGAUCGCUAAACCUUUUAUUAAGGUUGAGGAUUCAAGCAGACAUUAUCGACCGAUCUACACCACAAUGCCACACCUUCCUGAGUUUUACCUGACGACAGCAGCUCCCUACAGUCCGUUCUGUGUAGAGGGGAAACAUCCCUCUGGAAUCAAACAGCAUGGACACAGGAGAGUGAAAGCUGCAGCUGCUGAGGAAAAAGGCCGAAAAAAGAACAGAGAGAAGAAGCGAGGCGGUUACUGCGAGUGCUGCUUAGUCAAAUAUGACCAGCUCAACAUGCAUCUGCAGAGUGAACGUCACAAGGCUUUCUCCAGGAGUGAUGAGUACAUGGUGGUGGACCAACUGGUUUCUGCUUUGCACUUCAGUUUCCUUCCCAUCAAGGCUAAAGCCUCAAGGCCAAAGUGCAGUGUAUCCUCUGUUCUUUUGGUACCUGAACCAUGUGGGGAAGCUGGCCCAAUUCUUCAAGGAGAUGACAGUCCCUCACAAACCAUUAAGGCAGAGGAGGAUUUGAUUGGAGAUGCAUCUGCAGAAUCAUAUUUGGGAAACAUGUGUGUACAAGGAAAGAAAAGGAACUGCUACACUUACUCGGACAGCUCCAAGCACAGGUUUCUGGUUUGCAGACGGACAACUAGACGGAAGCUUUCAACUCCAAAACCUGAGCGGAUCACGAGUCCUCAACUGAAUUCAGAAAACACUCAAUUAGAUGGGGAAUUUGUUGCCUCCUCUCCUUCCAAGGAAGACUGUGUUAGUUUUGUCGGCAAAAUUCCUCACAAAGACACAAACAGCUCAGUUUCUUACUUGCUAGGUACAAACUUUCGAAGUGAGGCAUCAGCGAGCAACUUCAGUGCAGUGACACAUGGACCUGAGGAUACAAACAAGGAUGCUGUUCUGUCUGAGUCUGUCCAGGAACUGAAAACAUUCUCACAGACUGAAAACAUUUUCUCUGAAAAGGAAGAAGAAAUCCCUUAUGUGCCAAUAGUGUCUACACUGCAAAAAAUUGAGAGAAAGAUCAAAGUUUAUAAGCACAAAAGACGGAAAGUGGACACAAACCUUGAGUCUGUAGAGCAAGGACCUGAGAACUCGCUACUGAAACUUUGGGAAAUUUUCCAGUCUAGCGACGACAUGGAUGAGGAGUUUCUUGGCUUCAUUGACUAGAUGAAUCCA